AUGCCAGCCAAGGAGGGCCUCUGCCAGGGUGGUGAUGGUACUUGUGACUGUGAAGUGUUCUUCCCCCAAAAAGACAAUGCUGCCCACUGCUUGGAAUGUCUGCAUGGGAUAAGCAAGCAUUGCAACACUGAUGGUACCUUGGUUGCCACCCAACCUCUCCCUGCCAUAUCUGGCUCAUCAAAUGUGGGAAGAAUAUUCGAAGGCCUUGCUAACAAACAUCCCACUGGCUUGUCUCAGGUUGCUCAAUUGGAUCCCCAUUACAAGGUGCUAGCAACAAAAACUUCAAAGCUAGUCCAGAAGGUGUCAUCUCAGAGGCACACAAGUAGUCAGAAAUUUCAUGUUGGUUCCAUCACCAUCAUAACUUGUGGAUUGGAUAUUCUUACAUCACAAAUAAAAAUCAAGGCUAAUGGUUGGUUGCUGAAAGACCCCUUACCCCUACCACUUGCAGAUAGGAAGAUAUUCAUCCAGCAGCUCGAAAGAUCAUGGAUGUUACCUGCAACAAACUGA